CGUAGCGCGAAAUCUCAGCGCAAUUUCAUGCACGUCCUUGCGCCGCACUCAGGCGGUCCUCCGUUUGCACCACUACUCGGCCACCUCGAUCGUCGUCUAAGGGAAGGCAUCGCGGCCAUCCACGGCGGCGACCUGCCAGGAGGGAUGGACGACGUGCUGUCGCAGAUCGGGGACGCCUUCCGGCUCGCCGGGGAGCUCAUGGGCGACCUCCCCGCGGCCCAGAACGACCCGGCCUACCUCGCCGCGCGAUGCUACGGCAUUGUCCGCGCCUACAACACGGCCAUCCGCAUGCUGCAGCACCACGGCGUGGGCGCCGUGAACGUGGCCGCGGCGCGUCCGCUCGACGGCGGCGGGCCGCUGGACCUCCUGCGCCCGCGCAGCACGGAGGAAGCAGCCGGCGCCAGCCAGCUUCUCGGGGAAACCGCGACGCGUCUGCAGGAGCCGUUCAACAUGCUGGCCGGUGCGCGAGCGCCACCACACGCGGUGCGCUCGGCUGCGGACGUCGCGGGCACCUCCGGCGGCCCGAUGAGGAGGCUGGCGUCGUCCAGGUCUCCGCCGACGGCCCAGCCACGGCAGGGCAGGAGGAGGAGGGACAGCGGGCACAGGGAGACGAUGUUGGUGCCGGCACACCGGAUGGGUAACACCGAGCUUCCACCGGACGACGGCUACACGUGGCGCAAGUACGGCCAGAAGGACAUCCUCGGCUCCAGGUUCCCCAGGAGCUACUACCGGUGCACCCACAAGAACUAUUACGGGUGCGACGCCAAGAAGAAGGUGCAGCGCCUGGACGACGACCCCUUCAUGUACGAGGUCACGUACUGCGGCAGCCACAGCUGCCUCACCUCCACCACCCCGCUGCUCAACUUUCCCACCGCCACCGCCACCGCCACAGCCACCGCUACCAACUCUCCGACCGCCGCGACAGGCUCCGGCCUCGCCCCUGCGGACCACUUCAUGGCACAGACCGACCAGGCGGCGGUGUCGACAUCAAUGCACCUCGGCGUCGGCGGGAUGCCGGCAAGCUUCCAGGGCGUUGUGGCAGCGGGCUCCGGCGCCGGCGUGCAGACGAGCGUGUCCACCGCAGCGAGGGACACGGAUUACCCGGCGCUGGACCUCGCCGACGUCAUGUUCAACUCCAGCGGUAGCACGGGCAUCAGCUUGGACGGCAUCUUCUCUUCUCAUCAUCGAAGUGAUAGCUAGAAGGACGGCCAUAUGCAAGGAAUGAUCUGGAUUAUUCGUUCUCAUAGUCGAUUUCGUACGUAGAGAAGUAGCUAGCAUGAUUUAUGUCUGGUUGCCCGUCGUUAAUUUGAUUUACUUAUACAUAGUUGUAGCCUCUGUUAGACUAAUUAGCAAUUUUUGAUGUCGUUUAUUCAGAUAUAAAUUAC